AUGGAGUCGCCUACUCUCUACCCUUCUUCCGCUUCCGCUUCCGCACCGUCGUACCAUGCCUCGUCUUCUGAAAUGGAGAGGCAGGAUACCCUUCAGCCUCGCCCGAAGCGGAUACUAUCGCCCACCGACAUCUUUCGGACGUCUCUACCUCUACCUCCGCUCAUCCCACCGCUGCGCUUCAACCUAUUGGCAGCCGGAGAGGCCUCUCGCACCGCACAGCUCUUCUCUUCCUCGCAUCCCCUGCCACGCCAUCUCCCCUUUCUCUCUCGACUGAAACUAAAGACGCUCUUGGCCCUCACGCCAAAGCAUCCGACCAAGCAAGUUCCCGCCAUUGAGCACUGGGCACAGACAGAGGCAGUGGAGAUCAAGUGGAUCAAAAUCGAGGCCUGGAAAGAUGCAGGAGCCAGCGCUAUUACCAAGGACGUAGCAGAAGAGGCAACCUCCACGAUCAUUUCCUCCUCUGCAUCUCCGCUCCUCAUCGUGUCCCUCACUCCUGGACCAACAGCACUGAUACUCGCCCUGCUGCGCCUCCUCCAAGGCUACCCACUCCAAUCGAUACAUCCCGAGACCCAUCGCUGUCUGCGCGCAGGGCUGGAGGGCGAAGCAGACGAGGACGACAAGCACGACUGCGAAAAGUGGAUCACCGGCUGGGUAGGCAAAGAGAUCAACCUCGCUGUACAUCGUAGCCAGGUUCACGAGUGGACUUGGCCUCAGGGUACCACUCUUCGCUGGCUGCGCAUAACAGACGGUCGUAACUCGAAGCAGGCCAAUGGCGCUUCCCCCUCGGCUGCCAAAGACGGCUUCCUCUUCCCUCCCUCUACUGCUGCUGCCAGUGGGACUACUUCUUCCCUCGACUCCCCCUUUACCCCUCAUCGUAGCACAAGCUCUGGUUCGGCUCACUCUCCAGCGCUGCUCCUUACAACACCGCAAGUCACCCAUCCCUUCUUGAAGAUCAGAUUCCUUCCCGAGCCAGUGAUACCACUCGCUCUUGACCCACCUGCACUUCAAUCAAGUGCUGCACCUCCUCCACAACAUGGCGCCGUUCCGCUGGUAAAGCCUUCGGGCCCUGCUGAAGGUCUUUCCACUCCAUCUACGGCCCUCAAGAUGCCAGUAGGUUUCAAGGGCCGGAAACGCAGCCUGACCAUUUCGGAAGGACGUGGCGGAGGACCUGCAGCCGCUGCCGUCGCGGCCAUGAUGGAGGCUGCUGCCGCCGCUGCCAUCAAUGCCACCUCGCUCGACAUUGAUGGAUCGAGUGGCAUUGCGGGACACGUCCCAGCUGGUGUACAUAGCGGCAGCGCUCCGCCUACGGCCGCUCCUUUUGCAGAAGCGCAACCUCCCCCGUGGUUGAAAGGCGAUUAUGGUCAACCCUCCUCUGCAAGUCACUGGCGGUGGGGCAACGAGACUAGUCAACGGCAACACCGCGAGUGUUUCCCUGGAGAAUACGAGCAGGGUCAGCCAGCUCUGCACACGCCCAUGACUCGAACCAGCUCGGGAGACGAAGAGGACGAGGACGAGGAGGAGAAUAGCACGCCCAAGGCCAACAACACCCGCACUCAGUAUCUUUUCGAUGACUCCCAGCUGCCAGCUUCCGAAACAACACCGUCGCGAGCGCCUGACCAGACGCCCUUUGCUUCGCCGGGUCGACACUCGCCUGAGCAGUUCCUCCUCGCUCCCCGGCGUUUGAGCGAGGCUUCUCUCAUGGCAGAGGGGGAAGGAGAGUCGACGCCUACAAAGGCCAGGAGCGUCUCGCGGAAUCGAGCCAGCCUGGACCGCAGGUCAAGUCGGGGCGAAGCUGCUCGACCUAUGCUCCUACCUGGGAGUGACGAGCGGGAAGGUGGUGUACAACCUCAUCGACGCAGUGCUGAGCUCGGCGCCGCAAAGGCUCAACGCGACGAGGUGCAGGAAGAAGAGGAAGAAGACGAGGAGGAGGAGGACGAAGACGAAGACGACUACCACGAAGAUUCGGAAGACGACUUUUCCGAAGGCCUCGAGGCCUUGGACCUGGCAUGA